AUGGACGAAAAGCAAAGAAGCAUCGCGGUGCAGACCGUCGCCGCGACCUUCUUGCCCAUCGCCGCGAUCACGGUAAUGCUGCGCGUCUAUGUGCGCGGGUGGGUUGUCAAGGCAUUCGGAUGGGAUGAUGGGUCUAUGGUGGUUGCAUUGCUGUUCUACGCAAUGUUCUCUGGAACCAUGAUCGGAGGCUCAAUAUACGGCACAGGCUACAAGUUCGAAAACCUCGAGCCUGACGCGCGGGUAACUGCGAUGAAAUACUGGUGGCUGUGCGAGAUCGCCUACUGUUUUGCCUCGAUCGGGUGCAAGAUCUCCAUUUGUCUAUUCUUGAUGCGCAUUACUAUCAAGCGCGUCCAUCACUGGAUUCUGUAUAUCGUUAUGGCCUUGACUGUCCUCGCCGGUAUCAUUUUCAUGUUCCUCAUGCUGCUGCAGUGCAAGCCGCUGGAGUACUUCUGGACUAGGACGGCGGGCGACCCUACUAUUCAGGGUUACUGUAUUGAUAUCAACAUCAUUAUCAACAUGACUUAUGUGUACAGUGCUUUCGCUGCAUUGUGUGAUUUCACCGUCGGCAUCAUGCCCAUCUUCCUCGUGCACAAGCUGCACAUGAAGCGCCAGACCAAGAUCGCUGUCAUGGGAAUUCUGAGCAUGGCUUGCAUUGCUUCUGCGGCAGUCAUCGUCCGUAUUCCUUUUGUCAGCACCUUCGCUGAUCCUGAUUUCCUCUAUGCAACCGUCCACAUCGCCAUUUGGUCCAACGUCGAGGCCGGCCUCGGCAUCACAGCCGGCAGUCUCGCGACUCUUCGUCCCCUCCUCCGCGUCAUAAUGGGCUCCACCUCCAGCCAAGACUACUCCUCCGGUUUCCCGGGCCCUCAGUCACCGUCCGCCUCGCGCAAGCUGGGCGGUCCAUUCCCACUAGGCUCCAUGGAUGAAAGCAUGCAGUCUCGCCUGCGACCUGACAAGCUCGCUGUCACUGUCACGACCAUCAAGGGCCAGAGGAGGGAUCCUCAUGACAUCUACGAUGAUGUGUCGUCGAGCCCUACCAGCAGUGAGGAGAGAUUGACUAUGGAUCGGUCGAGGCCUCGUGUGCCGGGUGAUAUGGGGUUGGGGAUUCAUCGUACGUUCGAGGUUACACAGACUACGACCGAUACCCAGGACGUUGAGCUUAGGGAUGUUAGAGAACAUGUUUAG